AUGGCGAACGUGCGAGAUAGUGAUACAUCUUUGUGGCUCCACAAUAAACUUGGAACAUCGAAUGAUUCGUGGACAAGUGGUUCAAUUUGUACACAAUUAAAUGCGGAAGUUCUGAAAAAUAUCAAAGAUUGUUUUCCAGAUUUGCAAACUCAAGUGAAACUAAAAUUACUGCUAAGUUUCUUUCAUAUCCCGCGCAGAAAUGUUGAAGAGUGGAGAAAUGAAUUGGAAGAGAUCAUUGAAGUGGCCGCCGUGGACUCAGAUUUAUGGGUGGCGAUGUUGGCCGAGGUCCUCAAGACGUUCCCCUCGGCCGGUACACUUAAUACUGAAAUAGCGGAGUUUGAUGAAACCCGUCCAAUAUUCAGUGACAUGAUUGGAGAGCUGAGGAGGGCUUUAGCUAAACAUUCAGACCUUGGACUGCUACCUCUUGAGUGCCUAUAUUUGAAUAAGAAUGCUUUAGUUUCUGUGGUAGGACAACAACCGAACCCAGUAAAACACUUCACGUUGAAGCGCAAACCGAAGUCGGUGGCGCUGAGGAGUGAGCUCUUAGCCAAGGCGACGGAGGUGCAAGCCAACCAGAAGAAGGCGCAGGCGCCGACCGUGCCCGUCAGGAGCAGGGGCAUGCCGCGCAAGAUGACGGAUACUACGCCCCUAAAGGGCCUGCCGUCCCGCUGGGCGGCGCGCGGCGGGCGGCCCGCGCCCGCGCCGCGCCCGCCGCCGCGCGCCGGCAUCAAGCUGCUGGACAUCGCCGAGCAGCCCGCCACGCACGCGCAGAUCAAGAAGCGCAGGAAGCUGGAAAUGGAGGAAGGCCUGGCCAACAAAAAGGCGCCUCCAGCCGCCCCCGCGUCUCCACCACCGGAUUACGCGAAGGGACUCAACUACACUCUGCCCAAACCGGAAGAUACACCCAACACGAGCGCGGCGGGCGCCCCCUCGUCUCCCCCGCCCCCCGCCGAGCGCGCCGCGUCCCCCGCGCCGGGCGCCGCCCCCGCCGCUGCGCCUGCGCCGCUGCUGCUGCAGCAGGGUACCGCAGCAAAACCUAUAGUUAUUGGCCAGCAACCGAAACUCCUUAUAGCGGGGCAGGCGGGAGGCAAGCCAGUGCUGCUCUCCGCUCAGAACCUGCUCAACACCUCCGCUGUCAUCCUGCAGCCCGGCGGGAAGGCUGUCUUGUUGCAGAACAUCAAGUCGGUGAACCAGCCCGUGGUAGGCCAGCCCCGCGGCGUGCCGAUGCCCGCCUUGCACACGGCGCAGGCGCAGCCGCAACAACACAACUUGCAACAAAUCGCUCAGACGGUGCAACUCUCUCAGCCGGUGCAGCAGGCCCCGGCGCCGAUCCCCGCGCCCCAACAACAACAACAACAACAACAACAGCAGCAGCAACAACAGCAACAACAACAGCCCUUGUUGCCAAGGAGGGGACUCUCGCUAACGCGCGAUCAAAUGCUUGAAGCCCAGGACAUGUUUAGGAACGCGAACCGCGUCACGAGGCCGGAGAAAGCCCUCAUACUUGGCUUCAUGGCUGGGUCUAGAGACAACCCCUGUCCGAACCUAGGCAACAUAGUGACAAUAAAACUAUCAGAAAACAUAGAGAAUGUACUGCAAUCCGACGACACAUACCUUACUAUGCUGUCAGAGAUGCACUUUCAAAUGAACUACAACAACGGACAAUGGACGAGACUGAAGAAAUACCGACACAUAGACGGCAUGGUGCCUCAGAAGAUACCCCCGGGCUCCACUGUCAUACCGGCAAACAGCCAGCAGCCGGUCGUCUCUAUAGCCAAUCAGAGUGUUAGUUAAGUGAUAAGUGCGAGUGUUAAGUGCUAAUUGUUUAAAACCUUCAAUGCCUGAAGAGUAGUGGAGAAAAGUGUGAAAACUCAUCGCUGAAGAGUGAUGGCAACGAUUUUUUUACAUUUCUGGGAUGUAACAUUGAGUUUUACAUCUUAUUGUUGAAGAAUAAGGUUUGAUUUGCCUUGAAACGUGAUUUUCUUUUUAUUCUGAGACAUUGAAUGCAAUCAAGAAGUCUUAUUUAUCGCUGCAUUAGGCAUAUAGUGUUCUAAGAUUUAGAUCUUUUUGCUGCAUCCUUAGAUCCAAUAUAUUAUGCAGCGACAGCCUUUUUAAAAUGGAAUGGACAUGACAUAACUUGAAUGCAAAACCAGAUAGUGUUUAAAACUUACCACUGAAGAAUAAACAUAUUAAACCAUUAUCAAAGAUAUUAUAACAAGAGGCAAUGGAUGAGACUGAAAAAAUACCAGCAUGGUGCCUCAGAAGACCCGGGUACUACUGUUAUUCCGGUCAACAGCCAGUCUACUCCACAACCAAUCAGAGAGUUAGUUAAGUGAUAAUUGCAAGUGUUAAGUGGAGUAAUUUAGUGUGAAACGUCAUCGUUAAAGAGUGAUGGUUUGCAACGAUGUUUUUAUUCUGGGAUGUAACAUCAAAAUUUUUUGGACCUUUUUGUUUUAGAAUAAGGUUUGAUCUGCCUUGAAACAUAAAGAUGUUUUUAUUCCGAGGCAUAUAUAUUGAAUGGGAAUAAAUGCACACCCAUUAGUAUUGCUAAUUACGAGCAUUUGAUAUAUUUUGUUACAAAUAGAAGUUUGUACCUUAUUGCUGAUCCAUUUUGCAUUGCAAUGAAAUUUUACGUCAUAUUUGCGAUAAACCAAUUUACCCAUUUUCAAAUAUGUAUAGAUGAAAUGUGUUUUAUUUCAUAAAUUAACCAAAACAUAUGGUUAAAUGUAUGCCUUCAUAAAUAUUGAAACAACAAAAUCUGCUUAAAUUUUGCAGGGGGCAUAUUUAAGUAGUAUCUUAUAUAUAGAGUUGAGAAUAAUAUAAGAUCAUAAAAGUGGCAAGAACUGGUAAUUGAAAGCUCACGGCUAAUAGUUGUGACAUCAUAACGUUUUCAUCUUGCUUCCCAAAUCUGACAAUUAUUUGACAAUGCAAGACAUGACACAUCAUUCCUAUAGUUUCGAGUACAAUUUGGCAUUUCAAUUGUCUUAUAUUAUUCAAAUGACGUUAAAAUUAUGAUCUCAAACUAUAUGGACUUAUUCUCAGUAUCAUUUUAUAGUGCCAAAAUUAUCGUAAAACAUUAGAAUUUGUUAUAUAUAAAGUGUGAUUCGGCUUGGGACGUUUAUAUUUGUAAUUGAUUUUGUUUUAAAAUAUAUGUGAUAAGCGUUUAUUGUAAAUAAUGAGAUGUUAUUCUUAUACUACACAUUAUUGCUAAUGAGUGAUUCGGCGUAAAUUCAAUGAAAUUCCGAGACGAUAUUCUGCAAAUUUAACUACCUAAAAGUAUGUAGGGAGUAUGUAUUUGUAAUAAAACAACGCGCGUCGCGUAUAAAUUAUGUACGUACCCCGUUAUCUCUUAUGUAUUGGAUUAGACAGAGAAGGAGGGUAACGAAAAAGUUUCUAAUUGGUCAAAUUUAAAAUAUAUGGAAAGAUAAAGGUCAUUCAAGUUAAGCAAAAAUGUGUAUUUUCAUGUUUUCAAGUGUUCUAUAUGAAGAGAUAGCUUGCACUUUUAAUAACUAUGGAGUUUGAUUUUGUGACACCAGAAUCAAAUUCGUGACUAUAAUUACUAAACGUGGCUAACUCUUAUUCUUUUAUGUAACGCUUUAAAUGUUUGGGAGAUAGAUUUUAUACUUCGACGGUAAAAUGUAUACUUAGAAAAAAACAUCUAUUAAUCUUGCACUUUAGUAAAGUUUUAAAGUAAUAAUAAAGCGCCCAUAUACAUAUGAUGCUAAAGUAACAUUAUACUUCAUCCUAAUGAAACCUACACAUUGAGGCAACUGAAUGUGUAAGAUCCAAACUGAUCGGGGCCCAUUUGCCCCAUCGAUGGUGAAGAUGAUGAGACCAAUUAGUAUCGUAUAUCGUGGUGCAAAACCACAAAUAUGAUCACGAACGUUGAUAUGCCUUAUCUUCUGUCUUUUUCUAUCUGCCCUCGUCAUGGCAUACUUCUCUCUUUCUGCCCCCAUACACGGUAAAUAAGACAUCUCUUACAUUUUCUCCCAGAUGAGAUAUAUACAAGAUUUACUUAUGAGAGAUUUAAGUUUUCAAAAAUCGAUUUUAGAAGCACAAAAUCUUUAAUGAGCAGGGAUUUAUAUUCGACGAUUGUGUGUUUUAUUGUAAUACUUUAAGACCCAUUUUCGUACGGACGGACGUAUUUGUUUGGUUCGGAUAAUUUUUGGCGGGAUUGUAGGCUGGUUGGUGGGUUCAUCAAAUAUAAAGUAUAUGUCUUCUCUCUCUCUUUUUUAUUACAACAGUUGACCUCAAAGAUCAAAUAUAAGGUAUAUGUCUUCUCUCUCUUUUUUACUACAACAGUUGACCUCAAAGAUAGACAAAGAGGGUAGACAAUACAUUAAUGCCUCGAGAGAGGUCAUAAGACUUGUCAACGUUCGUGAGUGGCCCCACUGGUAUUCCGGUAAAAAGGUCACGGGGCAGUCGCUUCCUGUGACCGUCUUUGGAGCAUAAUAAUUUGAAACGCGAAAGAUUUAAAGUUGACUGUGAAAUGACCAAUUGUUUGAAUGUUUGUAUGAGAAUAAAAUGUUAUUUUGUGUCUAGGAUUACUUCUUAGAAUUAAUAAGUACUAUGAAUAUCAAUAUAAUGAUAAAAAUAUCUUCUAAAGCUUUCAAUUAUAUUUUGAGAAUUAGCGGCAUGCUACAUGCUUUUUGAGUAAUAUUAGAUUGUUUGAGUAAUAUUAUGUAGCCAAUUUGAUGGAAUUCUUAUGUAUAACCGAUUCAUAUGAAACUAUUAACAUUAUGAUUUUCUGUUAUAAACGAUUAGCUUUUUUAAAAUAAAAAUGUUUCAUACUCUAAUUCGAUUUCUGUUAAGAAAUUUAUACAAUUUUAAAACUUAUCAACUACUAUAAAAUAAGGGGUUUCGUUUAUGAUAGGAAUUUGUAAGCUGCGUAUAAACUGGGCCAACAGAUUUGGUUUUGCUAGCCUUCGUUGGUCCCAUAGAAUUCGAAAUAAUAGUACUGGUUAGUUUGUCAUCGCAAAUACCAAAUCUGUCUUUCAACUUAUUUGUUAGGUAUCCAACAGCGCAGAAAACUGCGUGCGUUGCAAUACGAUGACAUAAUUCCUAUAGUUUCAUGGCAGUUCUAUUGCCUUAUAUUAUUCCGAUAUCUAUGAGUGUCACUAUUUCACCGAACACUGCCUUAUUAUUCGCCGAUGAGGUGUGGAGAGCUGCUUCUACGACCAAUAGUAUUAGAGCGUUAAUAUAAACAUUUUUAUUGGAUGUUGAUACAAUAGUUUAUUAUUUAAAAAAAUCGCAAUUUUUAACAUAUUCCGUUUAAAUACAAUCGUCGCGAUUGGAUAAAUAAUUAUAUGAAUUUUAUAAUCGCCAAUUCAUACAUCCAGGUUGACAUGACAAUUGUAUUUGAUAAUAAUUUUUAAAUUAAAAAAUACCGGCUUUGUAGUUGGUGCGACCUUACAUGGCGGCGAUCUACGCAAGUGUUGAAAUUAGUGUUGCCGAAUUAUCGAUAUUUGUUUUGAUAACCUUGCAAAUUAUCUUUAAUUUCGAUGGUAUUAACAGCUCAGUUUGAUACGACGGUAUCAAUAACAACAAUACUAUCGACAGUAUAGACUCGAGCGGCAACACUAGCUUAAGUAACAAAGUUUGUACAAAUUAAUUCCUAAAGUCCCUAAAGUCUUAAUAAAUAAUAUCCCAUUAACAAACCAAAAGAUAGUGGUCUCAAAUAUUUAAACCAUUGCAACUGGAAAGAAGGGAAAAACGUACGUGAAUUAUUGAAAUGUCAGAUUUUUUAAUAGUCUCACAAGGUUUAAUUUCGAAAAUUUGAUUUAUGAACUGUAAGAUUCUUGUAAACUAUGAUAGAUAGAUGUUUUCAAAUUUUAGAAAAUUUUAUAAUUUUGUACACUUCAGAAAGCUUAAUUUUUUAUGUUCUCGGAGAAAUGUCAGUAGUUUGUGUUUUAGUUACAUAAAUACUGUUUAUUGGUAAGUUUAAUAGGCCCAAACAAUUGUUGUUAAAAUGAUAAAAAGAAACUGAGAAAUCAUUCGAUGCGACCCUCGUGCCUUUGUAAAAUAAGCCUUAUUACGCGUGAAAUAGUUUCUUUUAGGCGCCAUCACAAUUAAAAAAUUUAAUGUGUAUACGGGAUGUGACAUAAGACGAAAUAUAUAAAAAAAACCGCUCGCUUUAUACAUUGUAAAUUUUUGUCUUUUUUAUAUAUUUCGACAAUUUAUUUGUGGAUAAUUUUAUUCAUACUGAUGUGAAACACUAAUUACGUUGGUGUAGAUGUUACAUCCGGUUUACACGUACUUACAUAAGACGCUUCGCUGUCUUUACUUUUUAAUUGAUAUUCUAUAAUUUGUGUGAAUAUAAAAAUUUUAAAACCUUACCUAAUGUGUUCUUAAGUAAUUAAGAUAUAAACGUUAUUAAUAUACUUACAUCAAUAGAAACUAUGUAAAUCGCAUCGAAAGAUAUUCUUGUUAGUUUUUCUUUUUUGAUAUAAAUAUACGCUGGGAAGUCAUAGAAUUAUGUAUUGAAACAUAUAACUAGUAUAAUUUAGUAAUUUUUGUUUGUUUUUAGCAUUAAAAAUAUGCAAAUUAUGUAUAGAAAAGACGAGAUGUCUUUUUAAAAGGGUUAUUUCCUGUAAGUCAAUUGAUUUAAACUUUUUUUUAGUGUGUGUAUAUAGUGUGCGAACAUAAUGACUUCCAGUAUAUAUAUUUAUAUGUGAAGAUUUGUAAUAAUGAUUUGCUGAUGGCACUCAGAUGUGUUUUAGUAUUCGCUGUAAGUUUUAAGUUUAAACUAUAGUUUUUCAAAAGAUAUUUAAUAUUCACCAUGUAUAUAGUAGAUAGUACAAAAAUAUUAAAAGAAAACUAUUUGAAAUGA